GCUGUUGUUAAUAUACAUACAACCACAAAUAUAGUACCAACCCAGCAACAACCUGUCACUCUCUCACGUCACCCACCCUUUCCCAAUCCUCCUCCUAUAAGAGGGAUUAUCUUCCCUCCAAUUUCCGAGUCUCUAUAAUCCAACCGUAUAUCCAUUUUCCUGUUGUGAUUCAAUUGUUCAAUGAUCUAGAUCCAUCCCUCAUCUCAGUUGCCGCUUUCUCGUGCAGCAACGGUUUCAAUACCCCUUCCCCCUCUCCUCCUCCUUUCACACCCCUGCCACAACCAUGAAUUAUCUCCACCAUCCAUACGCAUAUACUGGUCAUGCUGCCGUCCCCAUGGAGCAGCCAAUGGCCUACGAUCCAACUAUGGCACACCCGUCCAUGAUGCACCCAAUGGACGGUUACAUCUACCCGCACCCGCCUUUUGACAUGAUUGACUUCUACCACCAGCCGAUCAUGGACUACGAGGAAUAUGCGGAGAACCUAUCUCGUCCAAGGUUGACGAAGGAGCAAGUCGAGACUCUCGAGGCCCAGUUCCAGGCUCACCCGAAGCCUAGCAGCAAUGUUAAGCGUCAAUUAGCCGCUCAAACAAAUCUAAGCCUGCCUCGGGUUGCUAAUUGGUUCCAAAACAGGCGAGCAAAGGCAAAGCAGCAGAAGCGACAGGAAGAGUUCGAGAGGAUGCAGAAGGCGAAGACGGAGGCCGAGGAGGCCGCACGAAUCAAGACCGAGAAUACCGGAAAGUCCGACUCGAACGCAGACACGAAUGAAGAAACAGACAAGGAUACCCCGAAACAGUCAUUUGAUCAAGCCACCUCUGAUGACCGUGCUAAGACGCCUGCUUCUACGUCACGAUCGAAGCAUCAGAAAACAAGGAGCGAGUCGGCUCGGGAGGCUACGUUUGCCUCCUUGCAACGAGCGUUGAAUGCCGCCGUUGCUGCUCGAGAGCACUAUAGUCCAGACGAUCAGGGACAAUCUGGUACCAUCCAUGAAGGGUCGGUGUCUCCGACAACAACUUUCUCAGGCACCAACCAUCACGGUGACAGCCGUGCCACCCAGAGUGCUUCGAACACUCCAUUCUCGGAAUGGGAGAACAAGGAUUCUUCCAUAUCGUGGACCGCAUCCCAGAGCCCUCAAGAACAUCUAGGGUACUCUGCCGCCGAAUCGCUAACUGUUCCGGGAUUGGACGGCUCCCAUCAUCAAACUACGCAGCACAACGACGGUCUGCAAUUCCAGCCCUCACAGGACGAUGAGUGGUCCAGUCAGGUGCAAACGACAAAGUCAUUCCCUGGCUACCGCUCAUCUAGUGACGCGGAAGCUUCUUACAAUGCAGUUCGAUAUACCCUGCAACCGGAGAACUCUUUGUCAAGGAGAGGCUCAUCUGACGACCUUGCUGAUAGUCUCGAAGGAAUCGGGAUCCAUGCGGCUGGGCUUCCUAUCCGAACAGACCGAUCUUCGUGGAAAGAAGCCGGCAAGGAACUCGACCUUGCUGCCCGGAGAAAGCGGCCAAGGCCUGCGGCUAUUGGUACUUCGAGGUCGUCAUCUAUGUUGGGUGGAUCAUCCUCCAUGUCGCCAACGACCCGACUCCCAAGCUAUAGCUCUGCGCCUGGUGUGAGGCAGUCAAAAUCCGCACAAUGUCUCAACUCCCGCUACGCAGGUGUCCGAAAGGCAUCCGCAGCCCAGCGUUCGCCUCUCAAUCUGUCCUCAUUUGCCGAAGCCGGAGCUCUGAGCACUACAAAGGCCGAGAUGUCAUCGAUGCUGUCGCCAGCUGUCACAACAGGCGGACUGGCUCCACCAACACCCCUGACACCGGAUGACCUCCAUCACUUCCUUCCAAAUACACCUAGUGAUGGCGGUUACUGCCUGUCUGCUCAACCAACUAGCCAAUUGUUCCCUACCUCACAGCCUAUGCAAAUUAACAUUGCAUCUCCUCCCGCUACCCCUUUGGCUAUGGAUAUGCUUUCCACCUAUCAAUACCACAGUGUCGCUCCGCCGAUGUCCGCCCCUGCCCAUUAUACUUCAUUUCCUGACUAUGUCACUUGCGAAGGAGCAUCUUUGACGGGCAGGAGUUGGGUCGGUGCCCAUUCAAUACCCUCCCCGGAGGCAGCUUUCCAAAGCCGUGCCCCAAUCGCCCAGGCGGAUGUGUCCUUGUCGUACGGACAGGCUCUAGAGCAAAGCCGACAAUCUACCGACAGCCUCUCGGCUACGGGGUCGCCGUCUUUGGUAUACACUACGGAUCCUGAUAUGCACACCUCAGCAGGGCCAUUUACUGGGGACGCGAAGCCGACGGAGUUCUAUAUCCACGAGUUCCCAGAACAGCAGGAGGCCCAUCGCUUCGUCGCGCAGCAACUGCCCCAGAAGCCCAAGGCAUAUACAUUUACCAACCACACGCCGAGCAACUGGGGCGCAAAUUAAAAGCGAAAAGUAAUCAUACUAGUCGGCGUUAAUACUAUGUAUUGGGCUUACCUUUGGCUCUUGGCGGUUAUUUGUGCCAUACCUUGUACGCAAUUGUAUCUUGUUGCAUUGACUACUGUUAUUUCCCCGGGACUA